CUUGGUCGUGUGCAGAUCGCAGAUCCCCAACAGCUACUGCAAAGAGAGAGAAACACAAGAGAAUAUUAUACGUUAUUUUUUCGGUUUGGGAUCGGUUCGUUUCGGCUCUUUGGUUUUCUUAAAAUAUCAAACAAAUAUGGAACAAAGCGCCGUUUGUUCUUGUGCGUGUCGAUAAACAAACAAAAAACGAAGAAACAGAAAAGAGUGUGUACAUAAAUCAGUGUUGCUCCUCCGCUGCUGCCUCUGUGGGCCAGAGCGAGAGUUGACUUUUUGGAAUUUUUGAUAUCUGCUAACGGUGCAAGUGUGUGACGUACCCCAACAAUCUAUCCAUCCAUCCAUCCAUCCAACAAUGGACUGGCGACCGCCUUCUGUCCAAGCAGCAGCCAUGGGUCUGUUGCUCUGUUUGCUGCUCCUGCCCACAGCGCAUGCCUGGAGCUUGCCGGCACCGGCACCGGCACCGGCCUCGGCUCGCGUCUCCUCCGUGUCAGUGCCAAUCAGAGCAGCAGCUGCAGCAGCACCUGUUGCCCGACGCUUAAAUGAGGUUUCGCCGUACUUGGACUUGGCCUUGUGCCCCCUACGCUCCGAGCCAUGGACCUGUGCACGCCAGCAGUCGGCCAGGAUAUUGGAUUCUUGGGAUGGCGAAUUGCAUGCCCAAUGGCAGAAGUUAAAGGUCGAGGCCGAUCGCCAGAUGAAUGCAACGAUCGAGAGACGCGGCUACAGCUUCUCGGAGCUGCCCCUGAAAGAGAAGCCAUCGACGAUACUAAAGAAAAUUGAAAUCGGCACGAAUUAUAUGAAGAAAUAUCUAGCCGAAUCCAUGGAUGGCUUCCUUGGCCGCGAAUACGAGUAUUUGCAGACAUCGAAAGCAACGCCAGAUGAGAGUGAAAACGAUCAGAGUGGGGAAGACGAUGAUGAAGACGAUGAGGCGGAUGCAGAGACGACAGCAGACAGCAGCGACACCGCUGAGGAAGCAGACCAGGAGGAAGAAGACGCUGAAGAUGCCGAAGACACUGAAAAAGACGACGACGGCGACGCUGACGACGAAGAAGAUGCCGAUGAUGAUGAUAAUGAUGAUGAUGAUAAUGCCUCAGACAACAACACUGCAGAGCGUGAGCCCGAAGGUGGAGAAGAGGAGGCCGAAGACGACGAAGCGGAGCCAGAAAGUGAAAAUACACCCGUUGCGAGUGUUUUCAGUGCACAGCCGCAAGCAGAGCUGCAGGGCGACGAUGUCAAGAAUACGGUCUUCAGCGAGGACAGCGCCUCCACGGGUGCAGAGUUCAUAGAGCUGGUGGAUGGCGAGGAGACGGCCGCUGGAGCUGUGAAGAGACCCGGCGGCGGUGGCAAGCGCAAAAAGGACAAAAAGAAGAACAAGAAGCGCAGAAAGAAGGGCCAAAAGGGUCAACAUGGACACGGACAGGACCAGGGACAUACACAGCCAGCCACAUUGGUGGUGGUGCAGCAGGCGCCCGAACACCACGAAGAGGACUCUGGCCACGGUCAUGGGUCGCAUAGCGUUAGUCACGGCCACGGCCACGGACAUGGCGGCGGCGGUGGCAGUGUGGAACACGAUGAUGCCAGUGGCGGUGCCGUCUCCAGGCCCAACAAGCGGAAGCACAAGAAGCGCGUCAAGGGACGACGCAAGCGGAAGGGACAGCACUCGAGCGGUGGAGCGGCGGUGGAACACGAGCAGAGCGAUCUGAGCCUGGGACUGGGACUCCUGGAUGACCUGACUGAAGCCAAUGACGAGCUGCUCGGCGGCGGCGGCAAGCGCAAGCACAGGAAUCCAAUUAGAUAUGGUAGAAGUAACGGAGUGACCCGUGGCAAGAAGAAGAAGAAGAAGAAGGCCCUGGCUAAAGUUAUGCUGGUCGGCACCUUCCUUAAGGCCAAAAUUGAAUUGCUGCUGAAGAUCCUGGGCGCCCAUCUGCAGGUCAAGUUCUUUGCCAUCGCACUGAUUGGCCUACUGAUCAACAUUGCCCGCUUCUGGAUCGACGUGAAACGCGGCAGUCCGCCGUCCAAGAAGAGAAAAAACACAGCGACGAUAAUGGCACGCGAGGAUAAGCCCGAACCGCCGACAGCUGAAGUCCAGGAAGUGCAGGAAAUGGAGUCGGAACCGGAGGCCGCGCCGGCAGCAGCCCCAGCCGCACCUUUGGGCACCUUGACCCUGCCCAGCAAUGCCACAUCCAUAAGGGCAGACAUCACCGACAACUUUUCGUGUGCGAACAAGACUUAUGGCUACUAUGCGGAUGUGGAGAAUGAAUGCCAGAUCUUUCACGUGUGUCUGCCGGUGACCUAUGCCGAUGGCAGGGAGAACACCUUCCGCUGGAGCUUCAUUUGUCCCGAGGAUACCAUUUUCAGUCAAGAGUCCUUCACGUGCAUGCGUCGCGAGGACAUGACCAUUGAGUGCGAGGACAGCGCGCGGUACUACGAAUUGAAUGGAAACUUUGGUGGCGCAGCUGUGCAGGAGGAGGAGAAGCAGCCGGAGCAGCAGCAGCAGCAGCAGGCAGCUACAAUCGCUGAGCCAGAGGAGGAGGAGGAGCAGCAGCAGGAGGAGAAGGAUAAACCUGUGCAGGCUGCGCCCGAGCCCGAGCCUGUGCCAGUUGCCCAGCCCGCCAAGCCCGUCAAGGUGCAGUCCAAGCCCAAGCCCAAACCCAAUCGCCGCAAGCCACAGCCACACCGAAAGGCGCCCGUCACGGAGGCAGCACCCGUGGCAGUCGAAACUGACGCUGUAGACGAGCCCGCGGCCGAGUCAAAGCCCAUCAUCAAGCCACAGCGUUUCACCAUGAGGCCACACAAGCACCAGCCUGCUGUGGCUGCACCUGCACCUGCACCUGCCUCUGCGCCUGCGCCCAGCCGCAACGAACUCUUUGCCGGCAUUCGCAAGCGUCCAGCGAUCUUCAACAAACCCACAACCACCCCAAAACCCUUCGUGGAGGAGGUGCAAGCUGCAGUCACGGAGGCCGUUGUAGAGCUUAGCGAGCCACAGCCAACAGUGCAGCUGCAAACGAUGUUCGAGGAUGCGGCACCAAUCAACGUGGUGGAAGAAGUCAAGGAGCCAGAAAAGCAGGCCUCAGAGCCGGAGGUGCAGGCCUCAGAGCCGGCUGUGGCCACAGCACAGCCAGAAGAUGCCACAACAGAGGCAGAAGCACCCACAAGGAUUGAGAUUGACACAAGACUCGAGGAGAUGAAGCCCAUUGAGGCUAUUGAAGAGAUUCCCGCUGUUAUUGUCGAAAGUUUGGAGGCAGCAAAGCCACAGGAAGCGGAAGAGGAGAAGACACAGGCUGCCGAGGAGGACAAACCACAGGCUGCCGAGGAGGAGAAGCCGCAGACUGCAGAGGAGGAAAUCAAGGAAGAGCCACAUGUCGAAGCGGAAAAGGAAGUCCCAGCCGUCGAAGCGGAAAAAGAAAUGCCAACAGCCGAAGAAGAAAAGGAAGUGCCAGCCAAAGUUGAGGAAAUCGUAGAGGGAAACCGCAACGAGCCCGCCAUUAUCGAGUCCGACGAGGAGAUUCUCGGCAGCAUUGAAGCUCUGGAAGCUGCCAAGCCAUCGGAUGCACCAGAGAGCAUCGCAGCCACACCAGAGAUGCAAGAGCACAGUCCCCUGGUGGAGGAGAUUCUGCAGGAAAAUAAAGACACACAGGAGUCACUCGGGGGCUUCAAGCCCGUCGAUCCAGCUAUGGCCGCCGAGGCGGAGCAGCUGAUUACAGAUUUCCUCAAUACACUGAAGAAAAAUGAAGAGAAACCCGAGACUGAGCUGGCCACAGCAGCCAUGGAUAUGGCAGAGACCCUAAACGAGAAGUUGGAGCCAUCCCCAGAUGUUUCCGUAGAGGAGGCCAAGCUGCCAGAGCCCGAAAUCGUUGAUAAGAAUGCCUCGAUUGAGGAGCAAAUGCUGGAGGAAUCAGAGCUGCAAAAGUCACCCGAAAAACUAAUGACGGACUCUCCCAUUAUAAACAUAAUGCAGUUCAACCAUCUGCCCAUGGACUAUCAGAUACCCGUGCAGGUUAUCCCAUUGGAGCAGCAGAUGCAGCCACAAAUGGAGAUCAAUGCCAAGCCAGAGGCGCCAGAGGAAGUCAAGGAGGAAGUCGCACCAGAGGAAGUCAAGGAAGUCGCACCUGCAGUCGAGGAAACUUCUGCAAUUCAGCAGGAAACAGAACCUGAAGUCCAACCCGAAGCGUCGCCCAUCCAAAACGAUGAUGUGGCUGCCCAGGAGAGCAUAGCCACUGCCCCCUAUAUGCCCUCAAUCAGCAUCGAUGAUAUUGUGGAGCUCGUGAAAGAGCGCUUGGAUCAGACGCCUAAAAAUGAACAGAUGGCUCCCAUGGAGCUGGUCAUGACUCCCGGCGCUGCUGCACCAAUGACACUGAUUCAGAGCACAAAGCCCGAAGCUCAGCGUGAGGCAGAGUCUGAACCUGAAUCUGAACCUGAACAGGAAUCUCAACCAGAACAGGAGCUAAUUCUGCCCAUUUACAAGCGCAUUUCCAAUGCCGAGCCCAGCAUGUCCAAGGUGCAAACGCUGCCCGUGACUGUCAGCAAGUUGGACACAGAAACGGAAAAGGAAUCCCUGCCCCAGCUGGAGGUGCGAGAGCCCAAGUCCCAGUCCCUGUCCCUGUUCCCGUCCCUGUCCCAUGGCAAAAUGGAUGCUCGCAAGCGUCGUUUCCUGUUCCGCGCCGAUGCCAGUUAGGCAUUUCUUCUAGCCAAAAAAUUAUAAACACAAACAAAAACCCCCCGCCCACAAAACAGCGAACGAACUGGAGGAGCAGCCACGCCCGUUCACGUCCUAGUUCCCCCCGCCCCCCCCCCCCCCCCCUCUCAUUUGCGCUUUAAGGCAAGUCUUAAGUCAAUUUAAUAUUCCUUGAUUUCCUAGUUUUAUAGUCAUUUCGCGGCACGAGAGUUGAAAUUUAAGCUUAGAAUUGUUGUUGUUCCAACGAGUUCAAUGAAAAACAAAUUACAA